AUGUUAGGCUAUGAAAGGUAUGAUCCAGCAGCAAAUUAUCCGUCUAAAGACGCACGGGACAGUAUAUUAUCUCGUAUAAAUGAAAGAUUUAAGAGAAGUCCCCAAGAAAUUCAAAAAAACGAGGAGAGAGAAAAUAAAAGGAAGAGAAAAAAUGAUAUAGAGAAUGAGGAUAAUAAGGCUUUUAUACCUAUAUUUGAUGUUUCAGAUGAAAAAUAUGGAGAAAUUUGGCAUGAAAAUGAUAAAAAUGGAUCAAAAACUAAAGAUUUAUCAGAAGAAGAUUUAGUUGAAAAAGAUUUUGAUUUAAAAAUAGAUAAUAAUGAUUAUAUGGAUUGUUUGUUAGAUUUGUUGCCUAAAUGGCUUUCUACUCCGACAAAAAUUGUAUCAGAUUUAAGAUUAUCUCUUGAUGAUCAUUCAAUACAUUUAGAUAAAGAAUUUAAAGAUCGAUUGCGAUCCAGGAAUUAUAUAGAGUUGUUUCCUGUGCAAGUAGAAACACUUAAAAUAAUAUUGAAUGAUCCAUAUGGUGUUAAAGGUGACUUUUUUAUUAGUGCAGCUACAGGAAGUGGAAAAACUCUUGCAUAUACAAUCCCUGUUGUACAAAUGCUUUCAAAAAGAAAAAUUGUACGUUUACGAUGUAUUGUAAUAGUUCCUACAAAAGAGUUAGUUUAUCAAAUUCGAGAAUGUUUUGAAUAUUGUAUAGGUGGAAGUGGAUUAAAGAUUGGAAUAAGUACGGGGCAAAGAUCGUUUAUCUAUGAACAAUCUAAACUUGUUGGAGAUUUAGAUCAUUGUUUUUCAGGGGGGCAAAGUUUAGUUGACAUUCUAAUAUGUACUCCAGGAAGGCUUGUUGAUCAUAUUCAACAUACUCCUAAUUUUUCAUUGCAACAUUUAAAAUAUUUAAUUAUUGAUGAGGCGGAUCGUCUACUUAGUCAAAGAUUUCAAAAUUGGAUUGAAAUUCUUAUGAAUGAAAUUGAAUUAUCUAAGUCUUAUAAAGAUUCUCAUUAUAAAACUGUGGAAGAUCUCCCUGAUGCAGUUAGUGAUUCUCUUAAAUUAAUAUUUAAAGAUGAUCUUUCUAUGGAAAAAAGGCCUUGUAAUCUUCAGAAGUUUAUUUUUUCUGCAACAUUAACAUGUAAUCCUGAAAAGAUAGCAAGUUUGCGGUUACGAAACCCUCAGCUGAUUCUUAUUCAAGAGUCGAAGUCAAAUUUAGAUCAAUGUUUUUUUAAAACAAAAGCAUUUUUACAAAAUAAUGAUAUAUCUACAUUUUUUGUUCCUCCGACUUUAAUAGAAUAUGUCAUUUUAGUAGAAUCUAAUGCUAAACCAUUAUAUUUAUAUUAUUUAAUAAAAUCUCGAGAAAUGGAAGGAGUUUUAUGUUUUACUAAAUCUAAUGAGUCUGCUUCACGACUUUGUAAAUUAUUGAAUUUGAUUCAUGAAAAUUUUAUAUCUGGGCCAUUAAACUCAAUUACAGAGAAAUCGGAUUCUAAAUUUAUAUCUACGUCAUUUGAUUUAGUUAAAUUAUUCGGGUUAUUUACGAGUGAAGUCCCAAAAAAACAAAGAAAUGUAGCUUUAGAAAGAUUUAAAAAUGGCGACACGAAAAUAUUUAUAUGUUCUGAUCUUAUUGCAAGAGGAAUUGACUUAUCACAAGUUUUUCAUGUUAUUAAUUACGACAUCCCUCAAACAUCAAGACAAUAUAUUCAUCGUAUUGGCCGUACAGCUAGAGCGGGAAAAACAGGAAAAGCGUGGACAUUGUAUCAAAAAUUUGAAUCUAAAAAGAUUCAUAAGAUACUAGAAAAUGUUGGUCGUGAAACUAAGGUCAUACAUGAGAAAAUGUCAGCGAUUAUCUUUACUAGUGAAUAUACAAUGGCUUAUAAGUUUGCUUUAAAAAAAUUAAAAAAAUAUAUUAAAGGAAAGAAUUAG